AGUGACGCAGAAGGCAGAAGGUAUUUUGAGGGAGAAAGAUGUGGAUAGAGGAUAGGAUCGAGAUGUUUCACUAAGCUUUAGCAAAAUGGCUACUUCAGACUCGAAAGCACCUCUACGGACAGUAAAACGCGUCCAAUUCGGUAUUCUUUCACCAGAUGAAAUACGUCGUAUGUCAGUCACAGAUGGAGGCAUACGAUUUCCAGAAACUAUGGAAGGAGGCCGCCCUAAACUGGGUGGCCUUAUGGAUCCAAGACAAGGUGUUAUUGAUAGAAAUUCCAGAUGUCAAACUUGUGCUGGUAAUAUGACAGAAUGUCCUGGCCACUUUGGCCAUAUAGAUCUUGCAAAGCCAGUAUUUCAUGUAGGAUUUAUUACUAAGACAAUCAAGAUAUUACGAUGUGUAUGUUUUUACUGCUCCAAACUACUCGUUGCUCCUCAUAAUCCAAAAAUCAAAGAAAUUGUUAUGAAAACAAAAGGACAGCCACGAAAGCGACUCGCAUUUGUUUAUGAUUUAUGCAAAAGCAAGAACAUCUGCGAAGGUGGAGAUGAAAUGGAUAUUAACAACAAAGAAAAUCCAGAGAAUCAACCACAAGUGGACAGAAAACCAGGUCAUGGUGGGUGCGGCAGAUAUCAGCCUAAUCUUAGACGGGUCGGUUUGGAUGUUACUGCCGAAUGGAAACACGUGAACGAAGACUCUCAAGAAAAGAAGAUGGUAAUCACAGCGGAGAGAGCUUGGGAAAUCAUGAAGGGCAUUAAAGACGAAGAAUCAUUUAUUUUGGGAAUGGAUCCGAAAUUUGCUCGACCGGAUUGGAUGAUAGUCACGGUGCUGCCAGUGCCGCCGUUAUCCGUAAGACCCGCGGUCAUCAUGUAUGGUUCUGCCAAAAAUCAGGAUGACUUGACGCACAAGUUAGCGGAUAUUAUUAAGUCAAACAACGAAUUAAUACGCAAUGAGCAGUCGGGCGCCGCGUCGCAUGUAAUCCAAGAGAAUAUAAAGAUGUUGCAAUUUCAUGUAGCGACACUUGUUGACAACGACAUGCCCGGUAUGCCUCGGGCAAUGCAGAAAUCGGGAAAACCGCUAAAGGCGCUUAAAGCACGACUGAAAGGAAAAGAAGGAAGAAUUCGUGGAAACUUAAUGGGUAAACGCGUGGACUUUUCCGCGCGUACAGUUAUCACGCCCGACCCUAAUUUGCACAUUGAUCAGGUCGGUGUGCCGCGCAGCAUAGCGCAAAACUUGACUUUUCCGGAGAUUGUAACGCCGUUUAACAUCGACAAGAUGCAAAUAUUGGUCAGACGUGGUAAUUCGCAAUAUCCCGGCGCGAAGUACAUAGUUCGCGAUAACGGUGAAAGAAUUGAUUUGCGGUUUCAUCCAAAAUCCUCAGAUUUGCACUUGCAAUGCGGUUAUCGCGUUGAACGACAUAUACGCGACGGUGAUCUCGUGAUCUUCAAUCGGCAGCCAACACUGCACAAGAUGAGUAUGAUGGGCCAUCGUGUCAAGGUUUUACCUUGGAGUACAUUUCGUAUGAAUUUAAGUUGCACGUCGCCGUAUAACGCCGAUUUCGACGGCGAUGAAAUGAAUCUGCACGUACCACAGUCAAUGGAGACUCGUGCAGAGGUUGAGAACAUUCAUGUGACUCCGCGACAGAUUAUCACGCCACAGGCAAACAAACCUGUUAUGGGAAUUGUACAAGACACUCUGACCGCUGUGAGGAAGAUGACUAAAAGAGACGUGUUUAUCGAGAAAGAACAAAUGAUGAAUCUUCUUAUGUUUCUUCCAAGCUGGAACGGUAAAAUGCCGCAACCGUGCAUUUUAAAACCGAAAGCACUGUGGACUGGCAAGCAGCUAUUUUCUCUCAUUAUACCGGGUAAUGUGAAUAUGAUACGUACACACAGCACACAUCCAGAUGAAGAAGACGACGGUCCGUACAAGUGGAUUUCACCAGGCGAUACCAAAGUAAUGGUAGAACACGGAGAACUUGUGAUGGGUAUUCUCUGCAAAAAGACUCUUGGCACAUCCGCUGGUUCUUUGCUUCACAUUUGUAUGCUCGAGUUAGGUCACGAUACAUGCGGACGCUUUUAUGGCAAUAUCCAGACCGUCAUUAAUAAUUGGUUACUGCUGGAAGGUCAUUCGAUUGGUAUUGGUGACACUAUCGCUGAUCCGCAAACAUAUCUUGAAAUUCAAAAAGCGAUCAAAAAAGCUAAGGAAGACGUAAUAGAGGUGAUUCAGAAAGCACAUAACAUGGAAUUGGAACCCACACCUGGUAACACGCUACGUCAGACAUUCGAAAACCAAGUGAAUAGAAUAUUAAACGACGCUCGAGACAAGACUGGAGGUUCUGCCAAGAAAUCUCUUACAGAAUAUAACAAUCUGAAGGCUAUGGUAGUAUCAGGCUCAAAAGGAUCUAACAUCAACAUCAGUCAGGUUAUUGCUUGUGUAGGGCAGCAGAACGUUGAAGGUAAACGGAUACCGUUCGGUUUCCGUAAGAGAACGUUGCCGCACUUCAUAAAAGAUGAUUAUGGUCCCGAGUCUCGCGGUUUUGUUGAGAAUUCAUAUCUAGCCGGUCUCACACCGUCAGAAUUUUAUUUCCAUGCUAUGGGCGGUCGUGAAGGUCUCAUCGAUACUGCUGUGAAAACAGCCGAAACUGGUUACAUCCAACGUCGUCUGAUAAAAGCUAUGGAGUCAGUAAUGGUGCACUACGACGGCACUGUGCGCAACUCCGUUGGUCAGCUGAUCCAGCUGCGUUACGGAGAGGACGGUCUCUGCGGCGAGACCGUCGAGUUUCAAAAUCUGCCUACAAUUAAGGUAAGCAACAAAGCAUUCGACCGGAAAUUUCGGUUUGAUCCAACCAAUGAGCGUUAUUUACGGCGCAUAUUUAACGAGGACAUCGUUCGGGAAAUGAUGGGCUCGGGUGAGGUGAUAUCCGAGCUGGAGAGAGAGUGGGAACAACUCAAUAGAGAUCGCGCUGUACUUCGAGAGAUUUUCCCGAGUGGCGAGUCCAAAGUUGUACUACCCUGCAAUCUACAGAGGAUGAUCUGGAACGUACAAAAAAUUUUUCACAUCAACAAGAGGGCGCCUACUGAUCUCAGUCCUAUGAAAGUGAUUCAAGGUGUAAAAGAUCUUUUGGAUAAGUGUAUCAUUGUAGCUGGAGACGAUAGAUUGAGCAAACAGGCGAAUGAAAAUGCGACGUUACUAUUCCAAUGUUUGGUGAGAUCAACUUUGUGCACUAAAUGCGUGUCCGAAGAGUUUAGGUUAUCCAGCGAAGCUUUUGAGUGGUUGAUUGGCGAAAUCGAGACAAGAUUUCAGCAAGCCCAAGUAUCGCCCGGUGAAAUGGUCGGCGCUUUAGCGGCGCAGUCUCUUGGCGAGCCCGCAACGCAGAUGACACUGAAUACAUUUCACUUUGCGGGCGUUUCUUCGAAGAACGUAACACUCGGUGUACCACGUCUUAAAGAAAUAAUAAAUAUUAGCAAGAAACCAAAGGCUCCGUCGCUCACGGUGUUCUUAACAGGCGCGGCUGCGCGUGACGCGGAGAAAGCGAAAAACGUGCUUUGUCGAUUGGAACACACGACACUGAAGAAAGUGACUGCGAAUACGGCAAUAUACUACGAUCCAGAUCCGCAAAACACAGUUAUCGCGGAGGAUCAGGAAUUUGUCAACGUAUAUUACGAAAUGCCCGAUUUUGAUCCUACAAAAAUAUCACCGUGGUUACUUCGCAUUGAACUGGAUAGGAAGAGAAUGACCGACAAAAAGCUUACCAUGGAGCAGAUUGCUGAAAAGAUCAAUGCCGGCUUUGGCGAUGAUUUGAACUGUAUAUUUAAUGACGACAACGCUGAGAAACUGGUACUGCGGAUUAGAAUAAUGAACAGCGACGAUAAUAAGUUUCAGGACACAGACGAGGACAGUGUAGACAAGAUGGAGGACGAUAUGUUCCUGCGUUGCAUUGAAGCUAACAUGCUCAGCGAUAUGACUCUGCAGGGCAUCGAAGCUAUUGGCAAAGUUUAUAUGCAUUUACCGCAAACAGAUUCCAAGAAACGCAUUGUUAUCACAGAAACAGGUGAAUUCAAGGCUAUUGCGGAAUGGCUUUUGGAAACUGAUGGUACAAGCUUGAUGAAGGUGCUGAGUGAAAGGGACGUGGAUCCCGUAAGAACGUUCAGCAACGAUAUCUGUGAAAUAUUUCAAGUACUCGGCAUCGAAGCCGUACGAAAAUCCGUAGAAAAGGAAAUGAAUGCAGUUUUGCAGUUUUACGGUCUUUAUGUUAACUACAGACAUCUUGCUUUACUUUGCGACGUUAUGACAGCGAAGGGUCAUCUUAUGGCGAUCACACGACACGGUAUCAACAGACAAGAUACCGGCGCUCUUAUGAGAUGCUCUUUUGAAGAAACGGUUGAUGUGUUAUUAGAUGCCGCAUCUCAUGCAGAAGUAGAUCCAAUGCGAGGAGUAUCAGAAAACAUUAUAAUGGGACAACUCCCACGUAUUGGAACAGGUUGCUUUGAUUUAUUACUGGAUGCUGAAAAAUGCAAAUCUGGUAUCGAAAUUCCAAUGGCUGUUGGAGCAGGUAUGAUGGGAACGGCAGGAAUGUUCUUUGGUAGUGUAACAGGUGUGUCUAGCAUGAGUCCUCAGAUGACACCUUGGAUAGGAGCUACUCCUGGUUAUGGAGCAUCAAGUAUGUCACCCGCUUUAAGUAGUGGCAUGACUCCUGGAGGUGCAUGCUUUUCACCGUCAGGCGCGUCAGACGCGUCGGGCAUGUCACCAGCUUAUUCCGCUUAUUCACCACAACCAGGAAGUCCUGGUAGUCCAGGACCAAGCAUGAGUCCGUUCCCGAUGUCACCAGCGGGCGGAACUUCGCCCAGUUAUUCCCCUUCAUCGCCCGCGUAUUUGCCAACAUCGCCUAGCAUGACGCCGUCAAGUCCAAAUUAUUCGCCUACAAGCCCGACAUAUUCACCGACAAGUCCAAACUAUUCGCCCACAUCACCGAGUUACUCGCCGACGAGUCCAAGCUACUCGCCAACCUCACCAAGUUACUCACCGACGAGUCCAAGCUACUCGCCUACUUCACCAAGCUACUCGCCUACUUCACCGAGUUACUCGCCCACGUCGCCAAGUUACUCACCGACAAGUCCGAGUUAUUCACCAACAUCGCCGAGUUAUUCUCCAACCUCGCCGAGCUACUCACCGACGAGUCCGAGCUAUUCACCAACCUCACCAAGUUAUUCCCCAACAAGUCCUAGUUACUCGCCCACAAGUCCAAGUUAUUCGCCUACAUCACCGAGUUACUCGCCGACCUCUCCGAGCUAUUCGCCGAGCUCGCCUAAUUACACACCUGCCUCGCCUUCAUAUUCGCCAACUUCACCGAGUUAUUCACCUAGCUCGCCCCAGUAUUCACCCGCGAGUCCAAGCUAUUCGCCCAGCAGUCCCAAAUACUCGCCUACGAGCCCGAGUUACUCGCCUACCUCUCCAUCGUUCGCUGGCACAUCGCCACAGUACACACCGGCAAGUCCUACGUACUCGCCAACCAGUCCAACGUAUUCGCCUACGAGUCCGUCUUAUUCACCAAGUUCGCCGCAGCACACUGCGUCUGGCAGCACACGAUAUUCGCCCAGCAGCCCGAACUAUUCGCCUACUAGUCCGACAUAUUCACCCACCAGUCCACAGUACUCGCCGUCAAGCACUAAAUAUUCGCCUACGAGUCCAACUUAUACACCUACAAGCCCGAGUUACUCGCCGACUAGUCCGACUUAUUCACCGCCCGUACCGGGAUAUUCGCCAACGAGUCCCACGUACUCACCGGCAUCACCUGCUUACGAAACAGAUGAUUAAUGCUGAUGCUUAUUGCGAGACAUUGUUAAUUACAAGAUAUGUUUGCAGAAUAGUGAGUACGUUAUACAUCGUUAUCAAUCAUAUGUACUAUAUUUGUAC